AUGCUUAGCAUCCCAGUUUUUGUUAUACUUGCUCUCGGUAGUUGCUAUUGUAAUUUAUAUGAUUAUAUUUUAUGGAGUCUCAACAACGCUAGCAGAAUGACAUUCUAUGGAGAAAUUGUAAAGUAUCGUCCAAGUUCAGAUCCUAGGACUUGGCAACUAAUUGCGUACCAUAUGAAUCAAUAUCUGACAGAACAAGAAAUAUAUUUACCUUUAUAUAAGGAAGAGGAUUACUUUGUUUUGUUUAAAACACUCGUACAACCUAUUCUGCUAAACGUUACAUCUAACACCCCUACUAUUACAACUAAUGAUAAUGCUACUGAAAAUCUUGAAGAAUUGGUUACAGAUAAUCAAAAUUUAAUGAACGAUACACCUACCACUAUCGAAGAAGGUAUGAAUGUGACAAUCAUACCAGUUCCAACUGCUGAGGCUAUUGAUGAGAUAUCAAACCAAAUUUCAGCACUAUUUCUAGAAGAAGCAAAGAAGUAA